GCCAUAAACAGGAAUGUGUUUCUUAUUGUUUGGUUUUCACAGUGAUCAAGUUGAGGAUGAAAAGCCAAAGUUCAAGCCAUCAGGACCCAAGAUCCCAGAUGGUGAGAAAGUGGACUUUGAUGACAUCCAGAAGAAACGUCAGAACAAGGAUCUGAUUGAGCUGCAGACCCUCAUCGAUGCUCACUUCGAGGACAGGAAGAAGGAAGAGGAGGAGCUCAUCGCCCUCAAGGAGAGAAUUGAAAAGCGCAGAACUGAGAGGGCAGAUCAGCAGAGGGUCCGGGCUGAAAAAGACAAGGAGCGCCAGGCGAGACGAGAGGAGGAGAGGCUGAGGAAAGAGGAGGCAGAUGCUAAGAAGAGGGCAGAUGAAGAUGCCAAGAAGAAGUCAGCUCUGUCCAGCAUGGGCUCCAACUACAGCAGCUAUCUGCAGAAGGCUGACUCCAAGAGAGGUGGCAAAAAACAGACAGAAAGAGAGAAGAAGAAAAAGAUCCUGGCUGAUAGGCGCAAGCCACUCAACAUUGACCAUCUCAGUGAGGACAAACUCAAGGAAAAGGCAAAGGAGUUCUUUGAAUGGUUGAAGACCUUGGAGUCAGAGAAGUUUGACCACAUUGAGAGGCUGAAGAAACAGAAAUAUGAGGUUACCACAUUGCGCAAGAGAGUGGAGGAGCUGAGCAAAUUCAGCAAGAAAGGUGCCGCCGCUCGUCGCAGAAAGUAGACGACCAAUACCACCACAAAUAUGAUGGACAAGAAUACAGUCAUCGUUACAUUUCUAUCUGUGUUGGUUACACUCAGAACUCAGUAGUUGCUGUAGGUCAAAGAUCAGCCAACUCUUUCUCAUCUUGAACUUUUAUUAUUUGGUUCCAAUGUAUGCCAUGUAAAUAAAGUGUGACUAUAAAUCCUUUAUCAGUAGAUCUGUUCGUAUUCAAACAUCAAUAAAAUCCAUGUUUUUAGAAAUGUCAUCCAAGAUCAUUUUGUUCAAAACUGUCACCAUUCAAUAAAGGUUAUUCAAAAAUCACAUUCUGCAGUGCACUUACAAUUAUGGGGCACUUCAUUGCACCAUGAUAAAUGUUAAGAUCACGCUAUUUUGUCAGUAUUGCCACAGGAUUUUUAUUACAUGCAUUACAUCAGUGAGACUAGUGUCGUAAAAUCGCUCACUUACCUUAUCUGUGAAAAGUUUUAUCCAAAUUUCAACUCCCGUCAUGGCCUAAAUCUCGCAUGAUACACGCGAUAAUUAAAAUGGACUAUUUAUUUAUUUUAUUUUUUUUAUCCCCUUUUCUCCCCAAUUUGGAAUGCCCAAUUCCUACUUCUUAGUAUGUCCUCAUGGUGGCGUGGUUACUCACCUCAAUCCGGGUGGUGGAGGACAAGUCUCAGUUGCCUCUGCUUCUGAGACCGUCAAUCCGCACAUCUUAUCACGUGGCUCACUGUGCAUGACACGUGGAGACUCACAGCAUUUGGAGCCUCAUGCUACUCUCCGCGAUCCACGCACAACUUACCAUGUGCCCCACUGAGAGCGAGAAUCACUAAUCGCGACCAUGAGGAGGUUACCCCAUUUGACUCUACCCUCCCUAGCAACUGGGCCAAUUUGAUUGCUUUGGAGACCUGGCUGGAGUCACUCAGCACACCCUGGAUUUGAACUCGUGACUCCAGGGGUGGUAGUUAGCAUCAAUACUUGCUGAGCUACCCAGGCCCCCCAAAUGGAAUAUUAACAUCCACCAUAACCACAAGUCAAUCCGCCUUGAGAAAAUGACAAUUUACACAGCCUUACAGCUCAAACAACAAACAUUUUUGGAAUGGAAUAAUUAAAAUAAGAGAUUUAACUAAAUUAUGGGCUACAUAUUUCUGCUUUUAAACCACUAGAAUGCAUUGGCCCCCAUUUUUCCAUUUAAAUGCUUUACUGUAAUCUUUAAGUAGCCUACAUGAAAUUUGCUUGAGGAGCUGAAAUUACUUUUUGAGGUAUUCAACAGAUGCUGUCAACAGAACUUAACCUGUAUUAAAGUCAGAACAUUCAUUUAUACAUAAUAAACAUGGAAUUAAGCUGCUGUGUUUAAACUAAAUGUAUUUUCUUCCGUGAAAUUUAUGCAGCAAAUUUAUGGAAUUAUCUAUAUAAGCAAAAAGUUGUACCAUAAGUGUAGCAUAAGGAACUGUUACCUUCCUACCUCUUAAUAUUAGUUUUUUGUAAACCAAUGUAUUGUUGUUGACUUGAAUAAAACCAGUUAAUUUAGAUAUUACCACAUGAAGCUAUUU